GAUUUUUAUUAUAUGCUGUAUACUGGUAUUAUGAUAUUACUGAAAAAAAUCUUAGACAUGGGUAAGAAAUUAAAAUAGAUUCUCCGGAUGAGGUCCGAUUCCGGUUUGCCGAGUCGUUAACCCGAUGAAACCCUUAGGCUGUGAUGAGCUCUACGAAAAAGGCGGCAACACUAGCAUCUUUGUAUUCAAUUUCAACCCCACCUGGGCCACUCCACCCCUACAGUAAGCUGUAAGCGUCUAAGCGAAGUUGAUCAAUUUGAAACUACUGGAUAUGGCAACAAUCGGAUGGUACGGACCUCUGAUCGAUCUCUCCCAAGCCUCUUCUCACAGUGGUCAUUUCGUUCAACUUCUUGUGCUUGUUCAUAACACCCUUCCUGUACAGUAUAAAACUUCAGGAGUCGGAAAAGUAAUCAGGACAGACAUUCAAGUCGGGGACGAUACACGUCGCUAUUUCCCUGUUUCCAUAUGGCAAAAGCACAUGGAAUCCAUGUUAAAGCCCGGAAAUAUUAUUCUGCUACAGAAUGUCAAAGUGACCCAAUAUGGAGAUGUUGUUGAGGCCAGAACAGUUCAGCAGUCAUCCAUACAAUGCUUGGUGGAUAGUUAUGAGGCAAUUCAUUCUAAAGGUGAAAACAACUUGAUGAAGGUUAAUCAUAUUGGAAUUGCAACAAAGGAAAAGCUUAAGAAAGUUGUUGCAUGGGUGGUGAGAGUGGAACCUAUUCCCAAUAAGCAUCUGUUGCACAACUACAAGAGGAAUCAGAAUCUAAAAAACUGGAAACUCCAUGAAGAGACACAACAUAAAGAUUGUUUAUCUCUAUCAGAUGUAUCCAGACUAAACGAUUCAUGCAAUGCAUCCUUUUUUGCUUCCAUUGGUGAAAUAUUUCUGCCAAUUAUGGGUGAGUUUGAGGAGGAAAGGAUGUUUAUCAGAAGUAGAAUAUUCUCAUCAGCUUACAAAAACCUAACUGAAGAUCUCAUUUGUACUGGAUGUCAGUUAUGUGGUGCUCCUUUAAAUUCUGAAUUUGGAUCAAGAAUUGAACAAGAAACUGUUCCACUCUAUUGUCAGAAAAGCUCUAAUCGUCUCCAUGUUGUAAGCUUGAUUUACAGACCUUUUUUGUUAUAUGUGUGGGAUGAGUCAGCAUAUGUUCCUGUUGUGGUUAAAAACAAGGCUGCUGAAAUCUUGGUUGGAAACAUCAAAGCAGAGAGUGUUCACUCCACCUACCAAAAGCAAAAGCAAGGAUGUGGUCAAAGGGCAAAUAAGUCCAUGGAAGACCAAUGUCUGGACUUUUACUCACUCUGGUUAAUACUACUGAAAUCAUUAUUGCAACCUGGCAAGAAUAGUCCUUUGAAAUUUAAAGUUAGAGUUGAUAUGACAAAAAAAUGGGAAAAUGGGAGGUUUGAGAUGCUGUCUUUCUCACUUCCUUUGUUUUCCCACAAUUCUCAUUAACUUUGCAUAUAAUUCUUUCCAUUUUUAAGAUUAUAAUCUAUUAACCUGUUUGAUACAUAUCUACCUGGCAUAUUUAUACUGUAAUGUCAUUAGUUACAUAAUAUGAAUAAAAAUAUAUGAAAAUGAAAAUGAUUUAGAUUGAGA